AUGCCCACAACCCCCGCUGGUCAGGAGCCCGCCCCUCCUCUUCCUCCUGGCCACUCCUCCGUCCCUGGUCACUCCUCACCGUCAUCGCCGCCAUCACUAUCCCCUCAGGAACACCAACAAAACACCCCCAUCGAUGCUGCCUCCGAAAAUAAUGCCGCGGCCGCCGCCGCCCCGCUCUCCUCCGCAGCCGAAACCACAGCUACACCAACAGCAACAGCAUCCCCCUACCAACUCUUCGACACAUACCCCUUCGCCACAGAUCCGGAAUUCAAACUUGGCCUUGGCCUGAUCCUAGGAAAGCCGGCGGGGACCCCCGCGACAGAGGAUGAGGUGACUGGAAGAAGUAGGCCUAGUGCGGCUGGAACUGGCGGCGGCGAUGCGGAUGAGUAUGCAGAGUUGGGCGGCGAGUUACUGCUAAAAGCGAAGAUUUAUUACUUUACGAAACUAUAA